UGGCACUUCGCAGUUUCUGCUGGUUUCGGGCUGAAAUAUAAAUAAUUCCCCCGGCCGAACAUCUGUACUGAUGUUUCAAACGCUCCGAGAACAACACUCCUGCUUCAGGGCUGGAACUGAAACAGUUUUCGGAACGUUCGGAAACUUUGAAAGAUGCAGCUCCCGCUGAAGCUGCUUUUCAUUUUGCAAACAGCAGUUCAAGGUGCCCCUUCCAUUGGUGAGGUGACUCAGCCACGUUUGGUCACUGCCUUGAGAGGAGAGUUAGUGUCAAUCAACUGCACAUUUAUGAUUUACGAUGGAACUAAUGCUGACUGGGUCCAUGCUAAUUGGAAGAGGGAUCCACCGUCAGGGAAUAUUACCGCAUAUGAGGUGAAGAAGCUGACCUGUGUUCCUAAUGUUACUCUGGUUCGUUUCAAGCUUUGUGCCACACCACUGAAGAUUGAAAAUGCUUCUUUUCAACAUUCUGCUUAUAAAUAUAUCUGUGUGGUGCAAGUACCGAAUAUCUACCCUCCAUUAGAGAGAAAAGGACAAGGAACAAAGAUACAAAUUUACGAGCUGUCUGAAAUUUCCAUUAUAAAUGGUAGUUUGGUUGCUGGACAAAAGUCUGUCCUGACCUGCUCUGUCCAGGGAUUGUACUCUGAGAACAUCUCCUUUACCUGGAUCUGUAAUGGAACAAACAUGAUGACAAACAGCACUGUAUCAACCUUGGAAGGAAUUGUUAAUGGUAGAACUGUUGUCACCAGCCAAUUUCAGAUCAUCCCUCAAGUGACAGACCAUAGAACUGUCUGUAUGUGUCAGAUAAAUCAUGUCAUUUUCAAACAGCCAGUAACAAAAAAGAUCAAACUAGAUGUUAUGUAUGGGCCACUAGAUCCAACAAUAACAUACAAGUUGAAAAACAAUGACAGGUACCAUCUCGGGACCAAUAGAAGUAUCACUGUCCCCCAAAAUUCAUUUGUGGAACUGAGAUGCUCUGUGGAUAGUAACCCAGUUGCCAUGGUAACAUGGUUGAAGAAUUUGACAAACUACACUUCAACUGGAUCAAGCAGUUCAAAAUUAACGAUGACUCACUUCCAAUCUCAAGAUGCAGGAGUCUACUGGUGUGUAGCAAAUAACAGAUAUGGCUGGACAAGUGGUAGUGUUUCGUUGGUGGCUUCUCAUGGAGAUCAUUGGCUGCUUUACAUUCUAACUUCACUCAUUGGUGUUAUUGGAUUUAUCAUUGUGGUAGCAAUAUACUUUUGCCUGAUCUGGAAGAGACAAUUGAAAGAUCCAGUUAAUGUAUCCGUUGAACCAAGCCCAGAAACCAUGAUCAGAAAUGAAAAUUGCAACACUGAAUCAGAUAUAAUAUAUGCAUUUGUCAAGAGAAAUAAUCUGCCAAGCUAUGCAAAACAUGCAACAGCAGAUCAUGUUAAUGAAUACAGUGAUAUAGAAGAGGAGGAAGAAGUGUCCUAUGCAGAUAUUGUCAUUCAUCAUCCAAGGCAACAAUGCUGCGACCAACAGCCCGAGCAAAUCAGUGAUGUAAUAGGGAAAAAUAACAGGAGAGACUUCAAACACUUGCACGGUUCAUCUCCUCACAAAUAUGUUGAUGACAACUCUGAAUAUUCAGUCGUGCGAGUUUCACACCAGGACUUGAGAACUUUUUGAUUGUGCAGCAGAGAUAAGGUGUCCGAUAUAUUGUCAUAUUGCUAACCAACCAUUUGGCAGUAUUCACAGGAAAGACUUGCUAAAGUUAAGAUGAUUUGUUCGUGGAACAUCUGCAAACUGAAGAAUUGUGACUGAGCGGACAGGAACACAAUCCAGUUUGUUCACAAAGUUUCCUGUAAUUGUGCCAGGACUUUCCCCAUUCACUUUUUUUUAAGUUAUUGGAAAAACCAUCAAGGGCCCAGCAUUUUUGAACAUCUCCAAGCCCCACCUGCAUAAUCCAAAUUUGUCUUUCCUACUCCUGCAACAUGAAGAAGCAUGGCAGCUGUUAGUACCCGCAGUUCUCUGCGUACCUGGCCCUUCCAUAUGUUUGGAAUAAGUUUUGAGUUUAUAUUUAAUUUUGAAAGCCCAAAAAUCAACUUUUCCGAAGCUUGGAGAUGCAUCUGCACAAGGCAUCGGAGCCGACUGGAAUCUGAUCUCACUCAUCGCCCGUGGAUUUUUAUAGUUUUAGACACAGACAACAGUGAUAAGCCAGAAACUGAGUUGUCUUUACUGCCCUGUUCAUGGUGCCCUAGGGACAAGAAAACAAAUGCAGUGCUAAGAUUGCUGAGUUUAGCUAGAUCGGCAUACACCAAGUGUCAAGACCUGAACGGUUCAGAAUCACAAUGCACACUUUACUUGUCAUUAGGCCAACAAUAUACUAAUGAGAAAACUUAGCCUAUCUAAACAGCAGUAUCAUUGUACGUACAUAAGCAAAACAAAAAUCUACAUUG